AUGGGCGCGAACUUUUCCGCAAUCAAGACAUUGAUUGUCCCCGCCAUCAUAGCCCUGAUUCUCUACCUCGUAUUCACCUUCGCCGUCAUUCCCAUCUGGCAACGAUACCGCAACCGCUACAGCCAGUAUCUUCCGCUCGACACGAUAACCGAUGGGGCUUCAUCCCUACGAGCACGCAUCACUGAUCGCAUCACUACAUGGUUUAUAACUUCGGUAUGGAGGGCCAGACUGCAAGAUCGCAUCGAUGUGGCCGAUAACCGCCCAAGUACUGAUUUCGAUUCCGAUGAUGGGGAGGAAUUGAGUGAAGUGGAUGAAGCUCUCAGGAGGGCUCUGGAGCGCCGAGAACAACCUACAAUGAACGAUUUUAGGAGGCUAAGCAGAGAUCUGGAACAGGGCUUUCGAGACGACAGCGACGAGGAGACAGAUGAUCGCACGAGGAGGUGA